AUGGUGGAAUCGGAAUCGCUGCCUCAUGAAGUCGUAGAGUGCAUCAUGGAGAAACUUCCAGUGAAAUCUCUGCUUAGAUUCAAGGCUGUAUCGAAACAGUGGAAAUCGACGAUCGAAUCUCCAUUCUUCAAAAAAAGACAGCUUACCCAUAGUCAUCAAUCUGGAGAUCCAGUUCUUCUCAUGGUGUCCGAGGCUACUCAGGAGGAGGAGACCGAACACCUAACAACACUUGUGAUUGGUUCAUUGUCAUCGGUCAAGAUCCCUACUCCUUUGGAUAACACACACUACAAUCUAUGUCAAAGUAGCCUCGACGGUCUUGUUUGUCUCUACCGUGCCAACAGAACCGGUUAUGUUGUCAAUCCAACCACAAGAUGGUAUCGCCCUAUUCCUCUCUGCGGGUUACAGCAACUCAUGACCGACUUACGCAGUUUCUUCAAGCUUGGAUACAGAUUCUUUAUGCUUGGAUUCGGCAAAGACAAGUUCAUGGGCACGUACAAGCCCGUUUGGCUCUACAACUCUUUAGAAAACGGUACCACGUGCGAGGUUUACGACUUUAGCACCGAAGGUUGGAGAUAUGUGUCUCCUUCGUCUCCUUGUCGGAUUCUUGCUGGCGUUGAGCCUGUCUUUUUCGAUGGGUCGCUUCAUUGGUUGACAGAGUGCCAAGAAACCAAGGUUGUGUCUUUCGAUCUCCACACGGAAGCUUUUCGUGUCCUCUCUAAAGCUCCCUUUGACAAUGCAAAGGCUUGUGAGGUGCACUUGUGCAGCCUCGACAACCGGUUGUGCGUGUCCCGGAAGAGUCAGCGCAACCAAGUGAUAUGGUCCUUCAAUUCAGAGAACAAGACAUGGGACAAAAUAUGUUCCGUUGAUCUGCAUCUAACUUAUCUUUCCUGUGGUGUUGGAUCAACAUGCGUUCUCUCGCCACUCGCACUUCUCCAUGGGGACAAGAAGAAGAAGAAGAAGAAGGAGAAGGAGAAGAAGUUGUUGUUUUAUGACUUUGACAACACAAGAGCACUGGUGACACAUGACCUUGAAACUGGAUCAAAUGUUGUUGCUUUCUCAGCUGAACCCGUGGGAAAACCUGUUUGUUUUUUCCCCAGUUUAAUCUCUAUUUAA